AGGUUUUUAGGUAUUAAACUAUUUAGGGUUUUUCGCGAUGGAUGAGGCGGAGGCGCUCAAGACGAUGAACUUGGGGGAUGAGAAUGCGCCAGACGAUGCUGCUGAGGAGGUUGUGGAUCCAGGCGCUGGACCGGAUGCCGUCGCAGCCAAGAAAAAGAAGAAGAAGAAGAAGAAGGGCGGUGCUGCUGCCGUUGUCGCUGCUAGCACUGACGAAGCUCUAGCUCGUGAUAAGGAAGACGACGAAGAUGAGAAUCAGCCCGAAAAUGAAUCCGCUGAAGCAACAAAGAAGAAGAAGAAGAAAUCCAAGAAGAAGAAAGCAGCGACUGAGCAGACAGAUCCUCCAUCAGUUGCUGUAGCUGAUCUCUUCCCAUCCGGAGAGUUUCCUGUCGGAGAGAUACAGCACUACAAGGAUGACAACCUCUGGAGAGAAACAUCGGAAGAAAAACGAGAAUUGGAAAGGCUAGAGAAGCCCAUAUAUAAUGAAGUUCGUCAAGCCGCAGAAGUACAUCGUCAGGUGCGGAAUUACAUUCGCAAGUACGCAAAGCCUGGAGUUGCAAUGGUCGAUAUUUGCGAAACACUAGAAAACAUGGUGCGAAAACUUAUAUCUGAAAAUGGAUUGCAUGCGGGAAUUGCAUUUCCAACUGGCUGCUCUUUAAAUUGGGUAGCUGCGCACUGGACACCAAAUGCUGGAGACAAAACAGUACUCCAGUACGAUGAUGUUAUGAAGCUGGAUUUCGGAACUCAUAUCGAAGGGCGUAUAAUCGAUUGCGCGUUUACACUUGCCUUCAAUCCCAUGUUCGAUCCUCUUUUGGAGGCUGCGCGAGAAGCAACGAACACUGGUAUUCGGGAAACGGGAAUCGAUGUGAGGCUUUGUGACGUUGGCGCUGCUAUUCAAGAGGUGAUGGAGUCUUAUGAAGUUGAGAUAAAUGGCAAAACAUUUCAAGUGAAAAGUAUAAGAAAUUUGAACGGUCACAGCAUAGGACCAUAUCAAAUACAUGCGGGUAAAUCUGUUCCUAUUGUCAAAGGAGGAGAACAAACAAAAAUGGAAGAAGGAGAAUUUUAUGCCAUCGAGACUUUUGGCUCCACUGGGAAAGGCUAUGUGAGAGAAGAUUUGGAAUGCAGUCACUACAUGAAGGAUUUCGACGUCGGUCAUGUUCCUUUGAGGCUGCCACGGGCAAAGCAGCUGCUGGCAACCAUCGACAAAAACUUUUCAACGCUGGCUUUUUGUCGUCGGUAUCUGGAUAGGCUGGGUGAGACGAAAUACUUGAUGGCUUUGAAAAAUCUGUGUGACGCUGGCAUCGUCCAGCCAUAUCCACCCUUAUGCGAUAUCAAGGGUAGCUACGUUGCUCAAUUUGAGCACACGGUCCUACUUCGGCCAACGUGCAAAGAGGUAUUGUCCAGGGGCGAUGAUUAUUGAACGGGAGAUGGCAUCGUGUAGAUGUUGCUCUUUGUACAGUAACCGUUCCAGGUUAAAUAAAGUUUCCGGAUGAAAGUUUUCCAA